GCGCAUGCGCACAAUCUAGAUUCGCGGGCUGCUGUUCUAACAACGGAGAAAUAUUUUGCGCGUCCAACACGGCGAACAUUUUCGCAAAUUUCUUGGCAGAAAACAAUCGGAAAUCCCUCCGCACACACGCAAAUGGGUGCCAAGACCAACCAAGAAGUGAUUCUGGACACGAUCGACUCGCUCCGUCGUCGCAAAGCCCGGCCAGAUCUCGAGCGAAUAUGCCACAUGGUCGAGCGAAAAUAUGGCGUGAGUGCAGCCGAAGUUGAAUGCGAGUUGGAGCGCUUAGUAGACGACGAAGUCGUGUUUAAAGUGGAGUACAAAGGUAGCACAAGCUACCGCAAUGCCAGUAAAUGGAAGCAAAGUCACCUUAGCGGUAUUCGGCUCAACUCGACAGAUUCAAGUCGCUUAUUGUUGGAAGCCGUGGAAGAACUCAGUCGAGCAAAAGAUGAAGCCUCCACGUCGUCUGCCGCGGCACGCCAAGACUUCAAGCAGGGACAAGCGGUUCAAAUGGAAGACAUCGAACGGCACUUGCUCACCCUUGACCCGGACACCAAACUGACCAUUAAGAUGCGACUGCAGAACGCGUUGGACCGGGAGGUGUUCAGCGGACGGUUGGUCAAAGUAGGCAAAGGCACGUAUGCGCUGCCCCCGGCCGGAGUGGCCGUAGAACGGCCAACUUCAGGCCCAGCACCGGUCGGCACGGUGUUCAAAACAGUGGACCGCAUCAAGAAGCGAAAGCGCAUCCGCAAGACGCACGGCCCCGAUUUCGAGCACGAGCCACUCUGCAAACAGCCGUCGACCGACCAGCGCUGUGACUACUGCUCCUACAAUGCCAGCUGCAAUAAGUUCGGCGACGCCGAAGAGUUACUUAUCUGUAAAGACUGCAACUUGAAAGUUCACCCAUCAUGUAUGCGUUACUCGGUCGAGUUGGCGGAGCGGUCGCGCCUGUCGCCUUGGCAGUGCAUGGACUGCAAGACGUGCCUGGUGUGCAACGAGUCCGGAGACGCUGUAAGUACAGUGACCUCCCCUGCCUCCCAGGACAAGCUGCUGUUUUGUGACUCGUGCGACAAGGGUUAUCACAUGGCCUGUCAUCACCCUCCGGUAUUUAAAAAGCCCGAAGGCAAGUGGGUCUGCUUCACCUGCGAGAGAGACGAAGAGAUGGAGUAUUACUCGAGCGACGGUAGCGCCGUGCUUUCAAGCAACGAAGAUUUCUACAGUGUACAAUCCUCACCGUCCGAGAGCAGCACCGUUCCACCUGUCAACGAUGCCUCGAGAGAAGUAAGCGGCUCGACUCCGGGCAAAGUCAGUCCGGACGUAGCCACGCCCUGCAUGUCCAACGCCGCCCGUCUUCCAGAGCAGUCGGCCUCGUCCGGCAGCAACCGUGACUACCCGCUGACCGACCCCGUGGAGUGGAGCAUCGAGGACGUGGUCAAGUACUUCGCGGACCACGGCUUCCCGGAGCAGAGCGCCGUCUUCCAGGAACAGGAGAUUGAUGGGAAGUCCCUCCUCCUCAUGAAGCGUCUAGACGUGCUCACUGGCCUGUCACUCAAGCUAGGCCCCGCCCUCAAGAUCUACAACCACGUGAUGAAGCUGCAGCUCUUCUGCAAGCACGGCUGCAAGGGUGACAGCGCUGCCAAGGCCGGCAAGGGUCCGAAGGGCGCCGGCGGUAGUGCCAGCACGAGCACCAUUAAAACGGCUGCGAAGACGUCUACCUCUGGCACCGCCCAGAUGAAAUGAGCAUGCGUCUGCGUGUUCACCCGCUGCACAAGAGCCCUAACAAUGCAUAAAAAAAUCUGUAUUUUUCGACUAGGCGCGUGCACAAGGAAGAAAAAAAUGAAUCAUGUAGAUGCCGUUUUGGAAAGCUAUUUUACUUUGUUUGUUAUAAAAACACCCGAGCCAAACAAGAGCUAACGGCUUUAAUUUUGUGACCGAAACUUAAGAUAUCUCGGAAAUUUGUCUAACGGUUCGAGUACAUUGCACAAGAUAGACAGAUAUAGCGUAAUGGUAAAAAAAAAUAAAAUAAUAGGUCCAACAAAAAAAGGGUUGUCGCGAGAUUACUUACAUUGACCUCCAUCAUUUGCAUAUCAUAUGUAAAUUGUACUGUUAACAUAUGCAAAUUACUAUGUAAAGAUACAAAGUCCUGGUCUUCCUGGUGGUUUUUUUUUCGUCAGCUUGAGACACUCGCUUAGGGGUUCUUAAUUUGCUGUCUCCGUCAAUCAGGAUUCUGAGAAUUGAAUUUAAAUCUUCAAAAUAUGUAGUUUCCAGUGUUUCGGUUCGGGCCAUUUUUCCUAUAAACGCGUGUUGUAUGUAUUGAUCUCCAGCGAAGAGAGGACAGAGAACUACUGGAAACGUAGUUUUGUUCCAUGUUCAGUGUAAUUUCAGUUGUGUACGAUAAAUGCUGCAAGAUUUUUCUACUUAACAAGGGGAUAAACGGUUCGUAACUUGCAGUGUCUGCCGUGGAAAGACGGUGCCCCCAAAUGGGGGGAGUUAGUUUCAGGUUGACGCUGCAGGGUUUCGACGCGCAUUGAUUUGAACUAUCGCCGCCUGGCGCUAAUACAUGAGCACCAUGUGCUUUUAUGAAGGGCUGUAUUCGAGUGCAUCACAAGUCCUUUCACAAGUCCCUUCGCAAGGCCAGUCAUAAGUAAAAGGUGAACAAUGACGAAAGAAUGCUUUAGUCACAGCUCAUUUGAAUUACCUGUGGACUGGCUAAGGACAGAAUGACUUGUGACGGACUCGAUUACAGCACUACUUUUAUGCUUUCUAGUAAACAGUAUGGCAGGACAGCCUUUCAUGCAGACCACGCGUGUAGCCUGGCUUAUUCGGGUUCAGCUUGGACGUUAUUAGUUCAGACACGAAAGUGUCGAAACCUAUGGGGUAUUUUGGCGUCACACUUGAGUAGCCCCAGUGGGACACGAGUUGAUUUGACCCCUAUGAUCCUGGUUAUUUGACGCCCCAGCAUUUGGAAUUUGUUUUUGGUGUUAUCAUUGCCAACUCCCACACUAAUUUUCUGUACAACGCAACAAGGCGCUACCUCAACGAGCUCAAUUCUUUCAAAGGAGAUUCGUGGAUGGCCCUAGAGUAAGUGUAAUGUCUUAAACAGUUUAGUCAGAUGAAGUGUAUAAGAGAAAAAAUACCUUGCGGUAGCUCAGUCAAAAACAGACUGGCAGCAACAACAUUUUUGUUUAAAAAAUAGCCAAGUUUAUACCAAUUCUUUUGUACAAAACCAUACGUUUAGUUGUUAACUUUAUCACUUGUUCUGACAGACAGGUUGUUAUCAAGUUUAUGGAGUAGUCUUUGGAGUCCCCCCCCCUUUGUUGUUUCGAAAGACAUGGAUUCUUUAUCUGUGUAGUUCAUUAUCUAUGCAAGGAAUUCUUGAGCUUUGUUCAUACUUUUUUUUCAGAGUAGAAAUGGAGACGUUCAAAACCAUUAGUUGUGUUUUGGUUAAUUUGACAGAAAUUCCAUAUCAAAAGAAUGCCAACAUUUCGUAAUGAACGACUUGAUGACCCUGUUGUGUUGAACGGAA